AUGCCUCCAAGGAAGAAUACUAGUGGCGGAAAGGGUAAAGGAAGAGGCCGCCCUCGCGCCCGCGGUCCCUCUCCCGACCACGACGGGGACUCGUCGAGCGCGUACGAGCCCUCUCCCGAGUUGGAGUCGGACCCCGCCGCCCCGGCCACACCUCGUCGGGAGCCCGGCCCUCCGGCGAGCGGUAGCGGUGCCGCCAGUGGUGCUAAUAGUGGCGGCCCUGGUAGCAACAGACGACGGCAGGGAAGCUCACGCGCGGCCAGAGCGUGGGACUUUACCGAUGUCCCCCUCAGUCAGGAUCAGCGACUGAGGAAUAUUCGCGCCACCGGGCGUAUGCUCAUUUCUUGGGGCCGUCCACGGAUGGCCGAGAAACUACUCCUGAACAUGCAGUACGAGCUAGUUCAGGCCGGGGUCGAGAUCCCGUACGACAGGAUUGCCCACCGGCUCCGCCCCGGUUCUUCCGGGAGCGCGAUAUCGCAAUUCCUGGGCCGUACCCGUGAGCGGCUCGUGGCAGAGGGCCACCUUGUGCCUCCCGUCCCUGGCUCCAUCUUCAGGCGCGAGAUCCGGGGCUAUGUCCGCCGCGACCCGGAGUCCGACGAUCUCCACUCAACCCGCCCGGUGACAUUCAGCGAGCCACUCGAGGAUAGGUUGGUCAGUUUGCCGGACGCCGCGAACCUCUACGUGGGCCGGCGGCGGAGGGGAGGGCGCAGGGGCGCUCGGGUGAGUGACGAAGGGGAAGAAGAAGAGGAAGAGGGAGAGGAGGAGAGCCCAUCCCGCGCCCAAGCGGCUCCCAGGAAAAGGCAGAGGCCAUCCCGCGGUUCCCCUGGCUCUGUACCUCGACAUCAUCGCCAGAAUGACAACCGACAUGUGGGCAUCCAGCCCGAGAGUCCAUCGGGCGGCAUUGGUGAGUCUGGCGAAAACGACAGGCACGCCGACCCGUUUCUGAGGAACGACGCUUCUCGCUUCCCACGCGCCAACCCUAGACACGCCCGUCGGCAUGGGGAAACUCACAGGCCGGUUCCCCGAGCACGAGGCCCCGGAUUUUGGCAACCUGAAGCUAUCCGCGAUGUACGAGGUUACCCCCCGGCGGUAGAGGAGCAGGACGAGCAGGAUGAGCAGGAGACCGGCUUCCACUGGCGCCAGCCCCCGCCUCCUCGCCCACAUCCCGAGGAAGAUUUCCUUCUCCCUACUCGCCGUGAUACCCAGCAGAUGGCACCCAGACAUCGCAUCCCGCCUGGGCGUGCUGCUGCCCCUCCGGCUGCACUAGGCUACGAGGGUUACGGUUCGUCUGAACAUGCAGGGAGGCUCCCACCCAACCCCGACCCGCAUUACCGCCCCUUUUCCGAGUACAUCCGCCACGGCGGCGGAUAUGGGCACGGAUACUGGCCCCCCAUGCCACCCCACCCGGCCGCCGCCAGCCCCCACGGCCCCAACUUCCCCCAACUCCCCUACCAACCGCCGCCUUGGGGCGAACACGGGUAUGGCAACCCGAACCCGGACCUCCAGCACCGGGGCCACGGCCCCCCAACCCACAAUUUCUACGAACCCCCCCAAUACAACGACUACAUCAACCGGCCCCUCCCACCGCCGCACCCCACCCCCCCGGGCCACUACAACAACAAUAACAACAAGAACGAGGGCAUGCACCGCCACCCCGGCGCCCCCCCAAUGGCGCUUUUCAACCCGCCCACUCCUCGACGCCCAACGGCGAGAGGCCGCAACGCGCCGUCCGGCGGAGGCCGUCGACAGCUGCCCCCGGCCGCUGCGCCCCCCAACCCACGUGGUGGUCUGCCGUCCCCGGGCGACGAGUCGACGCAGGUGCAGACAAGCCCUCGGAGUGAUGGGCAGCGGGAGCAGGAUUCGGAGGAGGCUAGUAGUGACGGGGGUGGAUCGGUGGUGGUGGAGGGUGAAGUGAAGUAUGAGGAGUCGAAGUGA